AUGGAACGUGAACGGAAGAAGCCAUCUUCACCGGAAACCACCAACGACGGUGUAAUUAAAUUGAUUGUGUAUGGUUGUGUUGUGAUUGGCAUUGCUGUAAAGCUACUUACGGACGGUGGCGUGAAUCCAGUUCCAAACCUCAUCAUCUUCAAGGAGCUGCCAACGACAACGUUUCAUGCUUUUAUAAUCUCCAUCAUGUUCGCUUUUGCAGGAGCUUUUAGCUCGCUGUUGAUUCGUAGCAGUAGCAGCAGAAUUCAGUUUUCAUAUUAUGAAAAGUGUUGCAGGUGCUACUCGCUUGUAUUUGCAGCUAUGGCCAUGGCGAUCCUUGUAAUCGCCGUGAUAAGAACCGUAUUUCAACAGAUGCAAAUUCCAAAUUAUGGAAGCAUAAAAAGCAUGUAAAUUUAGGUAACAAUUUGGCUAUCUGUUUCUUUUUCUUUCUUUCUUUUUCUCUUCUCCCGCAAUGUAAAUAGCUAUCAAUAAAUUUGGCUUUGUUCUUUUAUAUAUAUA